CCCUUUUCCCCUUCUUCACUUUAAAUAUUCUCCUUUUCUUCUUUUUAUUUGAAUCGCAAUGGAGAAACCCAUCCAUGGCGACCGCUAUGUGCGUACACUCUCACAUUACCUUCGCUCUAACCAGCGUAGACUACUCCCACCUACUCUUUCUCAUGACCCUUCCACUUCUUCCGUUACUUCCUCGACUACAACUGCAACUACAGCAGCUACAAAUGCCGCUGCUAAUGCUCGCUCUUUUGUAACCCCAGCUGAUCCCAUGGCUGCCGCUUACCAAGGCAUGAUCUCAUCCUUAUGGAAUGCUACUUCUGCUGUCGUCAAUUCCAUUGCUCCUGCCUCAUUGAACCCCUCAUCGUCUGAUUCACAAACGCGAGCACAUGAUAAAGAUAUAUACUACAACGGCACGACUUGGGACAACCCUAGUGCCAACAUACUUCAGUCAGACGCCGAUAUACGCGAGAAUCAACUUUAUUAUAAGGCUGCUCUUCGCUCCCCUAUCUUUCCUUUGGAUCUGUAUUACCUGCUUUAUCUCCUCGAGAGGUUUGAGCAGGUCGGUAUCGAGUUCGAAGGGUGGGAGAGUGUUACUUCAUCUAGGACAGUUGGUGAUUCCAACCCUCGUGUUAUCUCAGCAGACCCUUCAGCAUCUGCCUCAACAGUCACCUCAGAAGCAAAACCUGGUAACAAAGCACGUGGAGAAGGUUCUUCUCCACCACAAUCUAUCCGUUCCUUUUCUUCUACAGCCGUCUCGACUCUCACCCUCAUUACAGGUUGGAAGCAAUGGUCCACUGCAGCCUCUUUCAACUCCAAUAACUUGACCAUUACUGAUGACAUUCAUUUUAUCCGCAAGUUUUUCAAACAUGUCCCUGGUCUACGACUGCUUGCAAAGAUUCCACCUGGAGAUCACGUUCAAGGGAAGGGCAGAAUUGAAGGAUUCAAUGGAGAGGCCAUUAUGACUCUCCUUAACCAUGGUCAGCCUCUUUCGAAACCUGAAAGUGAUCAACCUCUUAAGCCAGCUCCACCAUUACUGCUACUGCCGCUUGCUGCAAUGUUCACCUCGCUUACGCACUUGGAGUUGCACAAGAUCCCACCAGAUUGUAUCGAAGGGUGGGAAACGCUGAUGAAGCAACUAAAGUCCUUAGUCAUCAUCCAGUCCGGUAUUGAGGAUGUGUACGAUGUCAUUAUCACAGCCGUGGUCCAGUGCGAGCGGAGACGGAGACAGAGGGCUUUGCGUGAAAAGACUAGAGCGGUGCAGAUUAAGGAAGAGCAACAAGAAGCGCUCAAGGAUGCUGCUUUGACACCUGAGGGCCUGGGAAGUACAACAGAAUCUAAUGAUCACAAAGGCAAGGCGGAGGAUAUGACUUUAAAUGGCACUGCCGCUGCUUCUACUACCAAUAAGAAUGAUUCCGCUUUGCAGGAAGGAGAUGAGAUGGAGAUGGGCAAAGAUGACGACGAUAGCGACGAUUCUAUCAUUCUCGCUUCACUAAAAAUGUGGCCUGCCCUCCGCCACCUUUCCUUUUCAGACAACUCUCUGCCAGCAUUAACGCAUAACGACACGUUCAUGCAUACGCCCGUAAUCAACAGCUUGGAUCUUUCCCACAAUCUUCUCUUGUCACCGCCUUCAGGACUGAUACAUCUGCAUAAUCUCAAUGAUCUGAAUUUAUCCUAUAACAUGAUCUCAGGUGUGCAAUCCAUCUACCAGAUUCUUGGCAAUAUUUCUGUCCUAGAUUUGCGUGGGAAUCGGCUUGAAAGCCUCUCUGGGCUGGAGAGACUUUGGAAUCUGGAAAAGGUUGAUGUCAGAGAGAAUCACCUGGAUGAAGCCGCGGAGGUUGGUCGACUAGCAGCUCUUCCUGGCAUUCGUGAGGUCUGGUCAGAACAUAAUCCAUUUUGCGCUAUCCAGCCUAAAUACCGCCUGGAAAUUUUGGCAGUAUUCAAGGCAAAUGGACACGAUAUAUUGCUGGAUGGGACAUUUGCAUCGUUUUUCGAGAAACGCGCCCUUGAUAACAUGGGUCCAACAUCAUUUUCAACAACUAUCUCGAGUAUCAACAAUGUGGCCAAUAUACCCGCAGCCUCUGCACCUGUGGCCACAUUUGCAAAAGAACUUGCAAAUACUAGUUCACCACCCCCAGCUGCUGAUGAAGCGCUAAAUGCUGUUACCGCCUCAGAUGCAGCUAUAAGUGCGGUAUUCCAUACACCUGUCAAUAAGCUUGUCAAAAAGAAACUUGUAAAAUCAACAAAGCGAGUCAAGAGAGUCGUGAACCUUGACAGCGACCACGAUGAUGAUCAUGAACAUGAUGCUGCUCCAGUCCCACCCCCCGUCAUCCUUGCAGAUGUGGAUGCUGCGGCUCUGGAGGAAAGCCACGAUAAUGAAGUCGCUGCGAUUCUUGCCAAGACUACUGGAGGUGUUCAGAAAUCACCAACAGCCAUCAAGAAGAAGAAGAAGAGCGUCAAAACGACAUCUGAUGCAGCUGACACACGACUUACAGAGCACAGCGGCGAGGGCUUGAGCCAGGAUCAGAGCCAAAGUCGCAGCUCAAGCAACAAUGGUAAAAAUAAGAGGCGUAUUGUGAAGAAGAAAAGCAUGGUCAUUGCUGAAGGCUCUCCUGCAGCAACAACACUAUCAACAUCUCCUACGACAACCUCAACAGGAGCGACUGUUAGCUUUGCAGGAGACCGUGAUUCUGACUCGGCUGAAGAUCACACCCUUUGCAGUGAUGGUCAUCAUGUCCAUAGACAUCGCCUUGCUCAUCUUGAGCAAUCAUUGGCGUCUCUUCAGAUGGAGCGCCCUGCUGGCACCGGCCACCAGCGCCAUCCGCCACGGGGCAUCCUAAAGAAAAACUACUCGAUGCCUCCGAAUGCCAUGAUCAACGCAAUCGAUAAUAUGGCAAGCAAAAAAUCAACCUCGAUUGUUCAGAAUGGUGUUUCGACAUAUGGAGUGGGGGGAAGUGGUGCGAUUUCACCCAGAAUGAGACCAUCAUCGCCCAUUGGCUCCUUCUCAUCUUCAGACGAGGGCGGUACAAGUGCAGAUGGCUAUCGCAGGAAGAUUGAAGCCAUGCGUAAUGAAGCCGGCAAGAAUUGGCUCAUGGUUUUAGCAGAGAUGGAUGGUGAAUCCGCGGCUGAUACAACAACGACAUCGUCAACGAUAUUUCAAAGCCCCUGAAUGAAAAAAAAG